UCGCCAUAUUGACAUAUUGUCUCUUUUUAUAAUAUUUUCAAUUUGUUUGAUUUGAAAUACAUAAUUUUACGGUUUAGUAAUAGAUUUUGUUCUUCAGUUCCUCAUUUUGAUUCUACUACAAUAUGGAUUCUCUUAUUGGCUAUGGAAGCGACGAUGAAAAUGAUUCUGAACGACUUGGAAGCCAUAACGUCAUGACUGAUAUUGUAGGUGGGUGCCACCGGAGCGCCGGCACGUCGCCGUGAUGACGACACCAACUAUGAUGACGUCAACAUGGACAUGAGUGAGGACUCCCAGGCCGAGUCGGAGCCGGAGCUGCCGCCCGCGGAGGCCUACAACCCGCCGCGACACUCUUCACGAGAUGACAGGAGGGAGUCAGAUGAAAGUCGUGAUCGCGAGUACGACAGCCGCGACCGCAGGGACAGGCGACGCGACGCGUCCCCGAGGGCGCGGCCCGACCGAGACCGCGCGGACAGGCGCGAGCCCCGCAGGGACGACAAGUACAGGUCCGAGCGCGGGGAACGCGCACGUCACGACGGCAACUCACGGCGCGGCCUGCUGGGAGACAGGCCUGAUGACAAACCUACUGAUGGAAAGCCUCCAGCUCUUAUGGAUUUAAAACCAUUCGGUGGGGAACCUCCGCCGGGGUACGAUCAGAGGAGAUCACAGGACGCGAGAGAUGCUGUGUCGCCAAGGUUCGUGGAUCGUGAUCGCCGCGAGAAGGGAGAUAGGGGGGAGCGAUCAGGGGGAGAGAGAUCCGAUCGUGCCGACAGGAUCGACAGGGGAGAUCGGGCCGAACGGACCGACAGAAACGACCGCCCAGAACGCAGCGAACGUGACCGCGAUAGACACGGUCGUCGCUCUGAGGAAAGGAAAAGUACAUCUCGCCGCCGCGAGCGGUCACGGUCGCGGUCCAGAUCUCGUUCUCGCGGCGCGGCGUUCCCACCACCCACACACACAUCCACUUCUGGCGAAAGGCGAGGCUCUCCAUCCUCAGGGGACUACAGACCUUCCUCAUAUAAAGUCAACAAAAAAUUAGAAGUCAUGGAGAAAAUGGGUCUUCAGAUCAAGACGCCAGAUGGGUCGAUGGCGACGGCGCAACAGUUGCGGGCGGCGGCCGGGCCCACCCAUCCUCUAGCGCACCACUCGCAUCACUCGCUUCCUUCUUACUACAACCCCAGCGCGGUCAACACCACCAAGAUACUCGACCAGGUACAAAAACGGAAGCUGUUGUGGUCGAACAAGAACAAGAGCGAGGCGGAAGAGGCGGCCAAGUGGAGCGGCACGAGGUUCGCCGGAGACGACGGCAAGCAGGUCUCCAAGUUCAUGAGGCUGAUGGGCAUCAAGGAGCCAGGAGCAGUGAAGCCGGAGAACCCGGAGCCAUCGGCGGACCCCAUCAAAAAGCAGGAGGAGCUGUUCCAAGCGAUGCAGGCGCAGUACGAGGUGGCCCGCGCCACCACGCACACCAUGCGCGGCGUCGGACUCGGCUUCCAGCGCGGACAGUACUAGCUGCACCCACGGGAGCCCUAGUGCUCCUAAGAUAUAACACACCGGCAGGGGCUAUUCGUAAAUUACGUCACAAAUUGAGGUUGACAGUGUGACAUUGCGUGAUAAAGGUUAGGAGAGUCCUAAAUUGUAGUAGGGGUCCUAAAUUCUAAUAGGA